AUGUCUGAAGCUGGUGUAACCUCCAAAGCCACAACCUUGCCUACUGUGAGGUCCAAACAAUCUCGGCUGAACAACUAUAGUGUCGACCCUACUCGUAACCGGCCUCCAAUGAAGUGUACCAAAUGUGGUUUAGAUAACCACACAAUUAAGGGCUGUUAUGAGAUCAUUGGUUAUCUAGAAGGAUGGGUCCACAAAGGGCGAAAAAAGGAUUCGACCAGAGCCUCAUUUGUAUCCGUUCAAUCAUUCGAGGAGACUGCAUCAGAACCUCCGUCAGGUACAUCUGGCUCCAAGGCCUUGGCCACCUUAGUCAACAUGGAAUUGUUCAUCAAACCACAUGUGCCUAUACACCACAACAGAAUGGCGUCGCAGAGCGUGUAUCAACAUCAGCGUGGCAAGCUUGAUCCGUGUGCACUGCUUUGUGUCUUUGUAGGUUAUGCUGACACUCAGGAGGACUAUAAGUGUUUCCAUCCUCCCACUCAGACUAUGCAUGUUACUGCAUAUGUGACUUUCCAUGAGAGUGAGUUCUAUUACUCAAGGGGAGUUUCUAAGCAUACUCUGCAGGGGGACAGCUCUAUCUUUGCAGAAGAUACUCAGAUCAUCCAAAUUCAACAAAAUGUUUUAGAGCAGUCAGUGUCUGAGCAACCAGCUACAGUAGUGCAACAAGAUCAAGAGUUACUGGAAACUCCAGAUAAUGGUUCAUAUAAUUUCCCUCCUACUGCAGUAACUGAACAUUUAAACUCCAACUUAAGCACUUUGCUUGAGUCGAGUCAUACAGGAAACACAGGUUAUCAGUUACCUAUUCGUACCACUAGAGGGAUUCCUAGACAACAGUAUGACCCGGACCCAAAAACAAAAGAAGCUCUAAAAGAUCCCAAGUGGACUCAAGCGAUGAAUGAUGAAAUGGAGGCCCUCCAGAAGAAUUCUACUCGGGAGAUGACUGUCCUUCCUAAAGGGAAGAGAACAUUCGAGGCAGAUGGCACCAUUGACCGAUACAAAGCAAGAUUGGUGGCGAAAGGUUAUACUCAGACUUAUGAGAUUGACUAUGGGGAGACCUUUGCCCUUGUAGCCAAGAUAUACACAAUUUGGGUACUUCUUUCUCUGGCAGCAAACCUAAACUGGCCAUUACACCAGUUUGAUGUCAAAAAUGCCUUCUUGCACAGCAACCUAGAAGAAGAAGUCUAUAUAGAUUCCUUUCCAGGAUGCAAGAUGGGGCCCAACACUAGCAACAUGAAGCAGUCACCUAGAGCAUGGUUUGGAAAGUUCAGCAAAUCAAUGAAGGAUUUUGGAUACAAGCAAAUUACUAGGAAUGACCCAGUGGAAAAGGCAGCAUUGCAGCAUCACUUGGCAAGUGAGUUUGAAAUGAAAGAUCUUGGUGCUCUGAAGUAUUUCCUAGGCAUCGAAGUGGCUCGUCCAGAACAAGGAAUAUUUCUAUCAUAA